UAUCCUCCUCCCCGCCAGGCCGUUCACAGAAAAAAAAAAAAAAUAGUCCCAUAGACUCCAAAGAUAUCCAUGAAUCCAGAGAUUAGUCCUCCCCUCCUCCUCCUCCUCCUCCCCCUCUUCCUCCUCUUCCCCACCACCCGCUCCCAAAGUAACACUUCUUCUACCACUGAGACUGCCACAGCAAAUGCUAACAUCUCUUCUUGCCUCCUUUCUUCCCAUGUUCAGAACUUCACCAUCUCCUCCUCUCCACCUUCCAUCCAAUACUCCGAUCUCCUCAACCUCUCAAUCCAAAACCUCCGCUUGGCUGGCCCCUCCGUCCACAAGCCUUCGGUUUUCAUCCUCCCAAAGACCCAACAAGAGCUCCAAAGCUCCAUCCUCUGCUGCCGUUCUUCUUCCCUGGCCAUUAGACUUCGGAGCGGCGGCCACAGCUUUGAAGGCUUAUCCUACACCGCGGGAGAGCACACUCCCUUCGCGGUCAUCGACUUGAUGAACUUGAACCGGGUCUUGAUCGAUGCCGGCUCGUCCACGGCCUGGGCCGAGUCGGGUGCUACACUGGGCGAGAUCUACUACGCCGUAGCCCAGUCCAACCGCUCCCUCGCCUUCUCGGCCGGGUCCUGCUCGACCGUCGGCAGCGGCGGCCACAUCUCCGGGGGCGGGUUCGGCCUCCUCUCUCGGAAGUACGGCCUCUCCGCCGAUAACGUCUUGGACGCGGUUCUCAUCGACCCCGCCGGUCGAGCUCUGGACCGGAAAUCCAUGGGCGAGGACGUCUUCUGGGCCAUCCGGGGCGGCGGUGGCGGGAGCUGGGGGGCGGUCUACGCGUGGAAGCUCCGGCUCGUCCCGGUCCCGGACCGGGUCACUGCGUGCUCCAUCAGCCGGCCCGGCUCGGUCAGGCAAGUUGCCGAGUUGACUCACAAGUGGCAGUACGUCGCCCCGAGUCUCCCGGACGAGUUCUAUCUCUCCACGAUUAUCCAAGGGUCAACGACUGGGAACGUCCGCAACACGUUCUUGGGCCUAUUCCUUGGCCCUAAAGGAACGGCAAUUUCCAUACUGAGUCAACGAUUCCCCGAGUUGAACGUAUCAGAAUCGGAGUGCAACGAGAUGAGUUGGAUCGAAUCGGCGGUCGGUUUCGCAAAUAUAAAAUCCGUCUCGGAUCUACUGAAGCGCGAGCCGUCCACGAAGACGUACUUCAAGGUCAAGUCGGACUACGUGAGGGCCCCAAUCGCGAUAGGUGGUCUGAUCACAGCCGUUGAUUUGUUAUCCAGGCAGCCAAAAGCUUACGUCAUUUUUGACCCCUACGGUGGAGCGAUGGGCAGGAUAGGGAGCGGUGAUCUUCCGUUCCCUCACCGGGGUGGGAAUUUGUAUGGGAUCCAGUACAGGAUCGAUUGGCGAGAGGGAGAGGAUGGAAUGGCGUACGUGGCAUGGUUACGGAGGCUCUACGAGUACAUGGGAUGCUUUGUUUCGAAGAACCCCCGGGCGGCGUACGUGAAUUAUGUGGACCUUGAUCUCGGGACCAUCGAAUGGACCAUAGGAACUGGUGGGUCCUUGGACGCGGUGGGUGUGGCGAGGGCGUGGGGCGGGAGGUAUUUCCUGGGGAACUACGGGAGGUUGGUGCGGGCCAAGACGGCAAUCGAUCCGGAUAACGUGUUUAGAAAUGAGCAGAGCAUUCCUCCUUUGCCCAAGGGAGGUUUCUUAAAGUAGUACCAUUCCUUAAAGUAGUCAUCAAAAAUAAAAAUAAUAAUUCACAGUCCUAGUCAAGAAUGUUUUCUGACUAAUGUAGCUCAAUCUGUAUCGUGUCAAAUAAGUUUAUUGAGUUAUACUUGUCAAUUAUUUGUGGUCUUGAUGUCUUCCAUUUUAUUUAUUGUCAAAAGUUUCUACCAUCAAUUACAUAUAUAUUGGGCUUUUGGAUAAGAAUAACAUUUU